AUCCACCAAAAUCAUCACCAAUCCACCAAAUUAAUUCGACAUACAUAAUUGAUAAUUUGCACUUUGCAGGCCCUUUUUUAAUGGGGAAAGGGCGACGAGCUGUUGGCCUGCUGCAGUGCUACUUCAAAAUGGGCGACGAGCUGCUGCGACGAGAAGGAGGGCGGCGGGGCGACGUCGAGGUGGAGGUGGCGGUCGUGACUCGUGAGGGAGAAGGAGGACGGCGGGACGACGUCGAGGUGGAGGCGGCGGGGGUUGUGAGGGAUGGGACUGUCGACCGAAUGAGGGGGUCGCCGGUCGUGAGGGAGAAGGAGUGGCGGCUGAGCGAGUCGGAGGCUGGGACUGGGAGGGUUAGGUCGAAGAGGAUGGAGGCUGUUGGCUGCGAAGUCGAACUGCGAGUCUGCGAAGGCCGAAGACGAAGAGGGCCUAGGGUUGGGUCGUUUUUUAUGCUUAGCCAAAACGACGUCGUAUCGUCGGUCGGUUAGCGUCGGUUAGCCGGUUAACCAGCUUCGGUUACUCGGCUAACCGCCUAACCAUGUUACAUUUCCGCCAACCGACCGCUGAACAUAAAUUUUGGUUUCCGGUUAGCCGCUAACCGGCAGUUAACGGUUAAACCGGCCGGUUAACCGCUAACCGGAAACCGAAUUGAAGCCCUAGUAGUCAUAAUGUAAUUGUUAUUGAUAGAAAUAAGUAUUAUUUGUUAUUGAUUUCUUUCGACCAAAAACCAAGACCAAGUCUCGCAAAGUCCAAUGUCUUAAGAACCAAUUCGAUUAGUCAAUUCAUGUGAUGAACAAAUCGAGCGAAUGCUUAAUUCGUCUAAUCGAAACGAAACAAGUUAACUCAAUCGAGUUGAAACAAAGUUGACUCUCCUUAUCAAAUUGUACCGAUCUGGAUUUGCUAUUGCUCAUUCUCAAUUGAGUUAUGGCAAAUAAGACUCUAUCGAAAUGCUACAAAUAUGUUUUACCUAGAAGGUCAUUCAAGAUUCGCUAUUGCAAAUCUUAAACAAAAAAACUAAAUUUUAUGUAAUUAUAUAUGUUUUAGCCCGGACAAAAAAUGGUGUCUACAGUUGCCCCCCUUUGUAUAUCUCUUAGUAUUGAGAGGUAUACAAAGCUCUUUUUAAGACACCGCGUUUUGACACUAUUAGUGAUGGGUCGAUUGUUUGGUUAUGAUGAUGCAUUCAAGUUGUUUGGGAUAAAACUAGCUAAACAAGUUGAAAGAUGGCAUAAGAAAGCAAUCAAGUUGUUUGGGAUAUGCAAAAUAUGUUCUUCGGGGUAUGACGAGCUGAACAUUUGUUGAUGGCAAUUAUAGGGUUGUCCGGGAUAUGACACGCUAGACAUUUUUAUAGACAAUGCGAUCAAACUGUUCGGGGUAUGACAUGUUAAACAUUUAUUGAUGGCAAAGCUCUAGGGUUAUCCGGGAUAUGACACGCUAGACAUUUGAAUAGACAAUGCAAUCAAAUUGUUCGGGGUAUGACAUGCUAAACAUUUAUUGAUGGCAAAACUAUGAGGUUGUUCGGGAUAUGACACGCUAUACAUUUUAAUAGGAAAUGCAAUCAAAUUGUUCGGGGGUAUGACAUGCUGAACAUUUAUUGAUGCAAGACCAUGGGGUUGUCCGGGAUAUGACAUGCUAGACAUUUUUUCAUAACAAUGCAAUUAAGUUGUUCGGGGUAUGACAUGCUAAACAUUUAUUGAUGGCAAAGCUUUGGGAUUGUCCGGGAUAUGACAAGCUAGACAAUCAAUGCAUGGCGAUGUUGGUAAUGAGUAUGGGAAAUCGUGGGAUGAGUAUGAUUAUGUCGUGUAAUGAAAGGUAAGUGAAGUGAAGUGUGAGAUAUAGUAUGAUUUGGAUUUUUAUGGUCCCAUGGCGUUAGAGCCAGAUUUGAGGUUUUUAUCCAUGGCGGUAUAGCCUGAUUUGGUUCUAUCUUGUUCCCCAUGGCGAUAUAGCCUGACUUGGCGUUUUUGCCUGUAGCCGUAUAGGCUGAUUUGGUUUAUGUAUGCCCCCAUGGCGUUAUAACCUGAUUUGGGUUUGGUUGGUCCCUUGGCGGUAUAGCAUGGUUUGAUUUUUGUUGUUUCUAUGGCAGUAUAGCCUGACUUGGGUUUCUUUAUAUCUUGGCGGUAUAGCCUGAAAUAAAUUCCUUUUUAUGGCGGUGUAGCCUACAAUGGUUUCCUUUCAUGGCGGUAUAGCCUGCAUUGGUCUUUUUGUGUGGCGGUAGGGCCUGUCUUCUUUCAUAGGUAUCGUGGCGGUAGGUUCUGAGUUAGUUCUUAGGUAUCGUGGGCGGUAGGGCCUGUGUUGGUAUUUAGGCAUCAUGGCGAUAGGGCUUGAGUUGGUAUUUUGGCGGUAUGGCUUGAUUGGGUGAGCUUCCCGUGGCGGUAUAGCCUGAUUGAUAAUGUGUGUCUUGGCGAUAAAAUUCAUGAGGAUAUGCGAAAGCUUGACUUGAUGACGAGUGGCAUAGAGUUGUGUGCUUGAUAUGAAGUGCCGAAUCAAGCAAAUUUUUGAGUCUAGGUGUAUCUUAGGUAUGUGUCAAAUUUGACUUGUAAAUAUUAUCUAGACGUCGUAUGGGCGGGAAAAUGCAAGAUGCUGUAUCACGUGAUAUUACAUGAUGUAAUGUCAUGAUUCGAAAUUUUGUUGAAAGGGUACUACCUGAUUGAUAUUUACUUUGGCUUUGAAUUCCUCGAAACUAGUCAUUUACUGAAUGAUGUCAUGUGAUAAGUUUGAUGCGUAUGCAUGUAUGAUGAGAUAUAUAAUGAUGUCUUGAAAGGUAUGCAAAGGCCAUGUAUGACCAUUCGUCGUAGUUUUGAUUUUUUUGUCAAGGAUUCUCUUAAAUCGAUCAUCCACAAGGAGCUAUGUCAUUGUCCCUUUUAAUUUUAUUGUGCUCACGCCGAAGUAGCAUAGGUAUCCCUGGUGGGUGCAUUCUUCCUUUGGCGUGAGUCAUCAUCUGGAGCUACUGGGCUUUCCAUCUAGUAUUUCCUCUUUGUCUCUUGAUUGAGUCUGAAGUAUUUAAUUUCUGGGACCGACGAAAAGUUGGUCCUUUGCUUGGACACCAGUGCUUGAGGAGUGAUGUAUUAGCCAUAUGAUCUUCAAUAUAUGUACAUGAUGGGUUGGUUAUGUAGAAGGAUCUCGUAGCAUGGUGGUAUCGGGAUAAUGUGCUCCCUAGCUUGAUUGAUCUUCUUGAUAUGCGACCGUGUAGUGUUUAGCUAAGAGGAAUAUGUCAUCUUGAUAACGAUGUAAUUGCACGUAUUUGCGCCCCUAGUUCUUACCCGUUUGAGGGGCAUAGUCGUGUGUUUUUGGCCUAUUUUAUGCUGGGUUGUGCUAUUUUUUCAUGGUUCAGGUCCCAGGUGUAAAAGGGAAGGCUAAGCACGAGUUUCGGGGCAUUCAAAAGUCAUUUCGGUGAAGCUGAGCCAAAACACGGGCACACCUAAACCAUUACACGGCCGUGUUCUGAGACUGUGCUUUUACUGCCGAGAGCUAAUUCGAGUUUGGCAAACAUUGGCCAAAACACGGGCAGGGCUGAGAUAGAACACGGGCGUGCUUCACCAAAGCACGGCCGUGUCCUCCCAAAAGCACGACCGUGUUUCUCCUAGUGUAAUUAACACUAGCCAAAGCACGGGCGGGCUGAGGCAUUACACGGCCGUGCCCUCGACCGUGCUUUGGCCACUGAUGCCCUUUUAAGCAGAUUUUCAGCCAAACAGAAGGAGAUUCGAGUUUUAGAGAGACAGAGCAAUUCCUAGAGAGAGAAAGCGACGAACAAGAGUUUCCAGGUGCCCUAGCUUGAUCUUCAUCACCAUUGGAGGCCAGUUUGAGCUUGGAGAAGUGCCAAUCAACGUCCAGAAGCAGGAAUCCAUCCUUCACGGUAUGAAUUCCGCGUCUGAUUCUGCUUUUGCUUCUUUCUCCAUUGAGUAGUUCUCCCAUUCAUCUGGGUAUGGAGAACCCUAGAUUUGUAUGUUAGGUUUGAUUGUAUGAACCCAAGUACUGAUUCUAUGAUUUGAUUAUAUUCGAUUGAGGUUUGAAUGAUUGAAUGACUUGAAUCCUGAUCAAAUUCCUGUUGUUUCUGCUUUAACCUAGAAUGAGAAUAUCUGCCUAGGUUGAUAGAGCAUCCUUGAUUGAAGGUAGGGAGUUGGUGACUUUAGUCGAGGAGCCAACUCACUAUUCUGUACCAGAUUUACUCUGGUAGUGGAGGUUUUGUUUGUUAAGGCCUCAAUCUGUUUACUCCGGUGGAGGUUAGUCGCCCGCUAGAGACUCAGAUUGAGAAGGUCUGAAGACUUUUAGUCGAGACUUCAGGCUGUUUAAGAACCUUCCGCAGUAUAACUAUCAUAGAAACUGAACUUGGUAAUUACAAUCCGGCUUAACUGCAGUCUAGGGGGAACCAUAUCCGGGUGACCUCUCUUAACCUGAAUACAACAGUUUACUUGCUUUGUUUGUUUGGUAGUUUAGACUUGCAUUCCAGUUUCAUUGCUAGAUAACAAGAAUUCACUGAGUAGUCAUCACAUCUAGGACCCGGGUUGAUAAUUAAACCUCAACCCGCUAUACUACCCUUUAGGAAGUGGUUUUACUUGGCCAAUUCCUGGAGUGACAGUAGAAGUGAGUCACAUCUCAGGUAUUGUCUUGUUGAUAUUGGUUUUCAUAGACAUGUUUGAUUGAACUCAUCGGGAAGUGUGAAGUAGAAAAUACUUUGUUGGGGGAUAGCUUCAGUAACCCAUUGGUUUAAUGAAUUCGGGGUAUCCUGAGAUAUUUUUGGGGCAAGAAAUUUGGAUAGUUUGCUUUGUGAGGGUUUGAAAUUCUUCAUCCUCCAGAAUACAUCAUUGUUAUUUGGGCACUUUAUGUCCCAUUGGUACCAAUUCUGAGUUUUGUGGUUUGCCAAUCUAGGAUCUCAAAGGCUUAAUCUUGAGUUGGGCACUUAGUUUGGUAAUCACGAGCUCCUUCUUCUAGCCAUGUUGCCUUAAGGAUGAAUUGGCUGACUGGUUGGAUACCCUGAAUUGAGAGUAGAUCGACUGAAAUUACCCAUCUAUUUAUGAGUGGAUGACCACCUUUUUAGUAUUUGAACUUCCUUCUCUUCUAGGUUGCACCAUUUUGCCCCCAGGAUAUGUUACUUUCUUUCCACCUUUCGGAACAAAAUGUGACUUUUACCAACCUUGACUUAAGAUGAAUACAACAAAGUUUGAGAAAUCUCAUUUGAGGAAGUAUGAUGGGAUUUUAGAAUUGAAAGCCUUGCAUGAGGGAAGAUUGUGCAACUUGAGAAAAAAUUUCUUUUGCGGUUGUUGCCACAUUGUUUAAGAAAUUGUUUUUCUUUUCGAAGUCAAGCCAUGAGAAUAUCCACAAGCCCUCACUUUUGUUCACACUCUCAUGCUCAAUUUCGCUCUCACUCGUUCCUAUGGGUGCUUCGAGUUUAUGAUACUUCGACUACUAUCAAGAUUCUAGUCACCACGCUGUUGAAAAAAAAUGUGCUUGAGGUAUAGACUUGCUGAUCUUGGAGAGUUCGAGCGAUCCUUGUAUGGUUUAGUGGUAAAAGUUUUCAAAGUUCCUUGAAAGAAUCUCGUGUCUUAUAUGACCCCAACCGUAAGAGUUAUCAUGUUUUGGGAAUCUGAAUUUUCCCACACGAGUGAUGGAUAAAUGAGACUUCCAUCCUUAGUCGUGUAAAUUUUGCUGAGGGAUUUGGCUUGCCCCCAGACAGAGUAUGAGGCUGACUGAUGGAUAAAGGAGAUCUGUGUUGAUGACGUCUCUUUUUAUUCAAGGAUUGUAGUUCACCUUGGUAUUUUGGAUAUAUUUUGACUCACGUUGCCCCCUUGUCUUGAAAUUUUGGUUAUGAGGGUAAGGUCGAGAAGUGAAUAACUAAGAUCCUUUUGAGUGCAAACUCGAAUGUGGAAAUUUCUUUGGUAGUUGUGAUCCUUAUUUGUCCUUGAAAGGAUGGGUAAUGAAGUUCGUGGUAUGAUUUAGGCGAGUUCUCCUUGGCAAUUGAAAUAAUGAAUGUCAAAGACCCUUGUGUGGUGCAAACAUGGUUGCUGAAGUCUUCCAUCAUGAGAUUUUUGCUUAUCUUGAAAGGGAGAGUUCAAGUGAUGGAAAAUGAGGAUGACCAUGGAGUGGAUUUUAGAUCAGACAGACAUUCUUCUCUUGGGUGCCCCGUCUUAUUCGAGUUUACUUGUGUCAUUUCUUCAAGCUUCGCAAAAGAAUACUCUUCAUUUGGAUAAGUGAUUAUUUUGAUGACUAGCCCCCGCAGGAGUGUGUAGACAGGUUGGUUGAGAGGGUGACUCUACAUCGCUUUUGUGACCACGUUGACGGUAGAGUCGAAAUCAUUCUUUUGGCAUUUUAGAAAAGGUAUUCAGUAACCUUCACUCGUGACUAGUUCGAGUAAUUAUGACUUCAAGGGCUCGUGUAGGGGUAUCUAACGUGUAAGUCCCAUGAGCUUUUUCUGAUUUUUCGUUGCCUUUUUGGCUUUUUUUUUUGCUUUUGCUUUUGCUCUUUUUUUUUUGUGUGGAAUUUACUUAGCUUUGUAAUUUCCCAUACAUGGUGUCAUUUUGACGCUUUUGAUUUUGAGCACCAAUGAGUUCGUCAAAUAGGAUCUUUCAGCUUCCCCAACCUUCUAGUCAUGAGGAUUCUGUGAGAAAUUUGAGAAUUUUGAUACAGUAAUUAGGCUACUUGUAACAUCCCGUUCUCUGCUUAUGCCAUGUGUAAGCAAAUCAUCAUCAUCAGCAGCAGUAGAUAGGUGUAUAGGUGGGAGCUGAGCAAGAGUUGAAGGCAAGAUGAGGUAUGGUCUUCAACUAUUCUGUGCUUGGACUACUACUCGGGAUUUUGGCCAGUGAUCCACACAUUUUUGUAAAAAUGUUUUGAGAAUGUUUUUCAUGUUCAUACUAGCUUCUGAUCUAGUGUGAGCUAUCCACAGGUGUGGAAAGUUGAUGAUAUGUAUAUAUGUUGUGUAACUAUGUAAGUUGUGACGAUUAUGGUAUGUAUAAGUAUGGUAUGCCGUUGUGGAGUAUGAAAAGUGUGACUAUGGCUAAGAAAAGCCAAUGCAUAUUGUUGUUAGUAUAUAUGUUUGUGAUGAAUUAUUUUUGCAGGAUAAGUUGCAAGAACUGUUAGCCCAUUACGCGAGUAAUUCAUGUCGAAAUUUUAUUUUGGUAAAUUUUGAUAAUUAAUGUAACACCCGAGAUUAUUUCCGCUGCAAUUGUAUGAACAAUAUGAUUAGGUAAUACAUAUAGGGUAGGGUGUUACAAUUUGGUAUCAGAGCCCGGUUACCUCUUUUUGUUGUUAUGGCGUACUAUACCCUAUGAGAGGUUAAACACUCCUAAGGAGGGGAGUACCCCAUAAUGACUUAAACUGGGAAUUGAGUUUGACAUGAUUAUGUGUAUUGGUAUAUUGGAUGAAAUUACCUGCAUCAUGGUUUUCAAAAUUGAGUUUUGAACUUAUUUGUUUUCAAGUAAUUAUUUUGGGAAAAUUUUUGUUUUAACCAAGAGAGAGAUUUGGUGAAGAAUGAAUUUUGUGUGGAUCAAGCUAAGGCCAAUAUUUCCUUGUAGCUCGCACGGAAGUUGUGAAAAUGUUCCUACUGACCAGUCGAGAGGAGUGGGGGCGGUUGAUGCAAGACCGCCAGUAUUAGACUAUGCAAAGAUGAAGAGUUUGGGUGGUAAGGACUUUAAAGGAGAUGUGAGUCCGGAUGCUGUGUUAGAGUGGUUGAGGGAGAUGGAAGAUGUGUUUGAGUAUCUUUAUGCGACCCCAGAGGAAAAAGUACAAUAUGUUGUUUUUCUCCUAAAGGGGUACGCAAGGAGCUGGUGGUCCUCAGUCUCUAGAGUUAAUGGUGAACGAGUUCAGUUCACCUGGGAGGAGUUUCUGAAGGCCUUUAAGAUAGAGUUUCUUCCCGAAGCUUUUAUCAAGGCAAAGAAUAAUGAAUUCGCCAACCUUAAGCAGGAGAAUAUGAUAGUUAUUGAGUACACCAUCAAGUUUGUUCCACUACUCUACUUUGAAGAUGGGUUGGCGGAUACUGAGCAUAAGAAUAAGAUGAGAUAAUUGCAUGGUCUGGGCAUAGGAUUGAAAGAAAAUAUCCACAGGGUUGAUGAAGAGAGCAUGUCCACAAUCAAGGAGGCAACACUUAAGUAUGAAGCCUAUGAAGUUGAGAGCCGAGAGGAACACAAGGGCAAAGAAGAGGAGAAGAAGAGGAAGUUUGGAGUAAAUUAUGUUGGACCUCGUUACCCACCCAGGAGAGGUCCCAGCAGUUUUGGGAGAACACCAAGUCAAUCUAUGUCGGGAACAUCAUACAGGGCACCAAUUUCCUCAGCCACACAAUUUCCAUUUUGUCAAGUUUGUCAGAAGAGGCAUCUUGGAGAGUGUAGGAGAUUUUCUCGUGUAUGCUUUCACUGUGGCCAACAUGGGCACAUCAUGAGGGACUGUCCGCAUUCGAGAGAAGUAAGAGCUACACAGUCAGAGCCUCUCACUCAUUCAUGUCAUAUACGUUUGCACAUAUGCUACGUUUAGUUCCAGAUAAGCUAGGUUAUACCUUAUGUGUUAAAACACCUGUGGGAGAUACCUUGAAGGUAGACUCAGUAAUUAGAAGUUCCUUCAUUUGUGUGGAAGGAGCUUUCUUAGCAGCAGAUUUAAUUCUGCUACCUUUUGAUGAAUUUGAUGUCAUCCUUGGAAUGGACUUUCUGGCAACACAUGGAGCUGUUGUGGAUUGUCAAAAGAAAGAAGUGUUAUUCAACACACCAGAUAAAGGUCAUGUUGUAUUUCGAGGCAUUAAGAAAAAGGAGACUCAUGGUUUUCUUUCUGCCUUGGAAGCUUUUUGAUUAGUGAAGGAAGGUUGUGAAGCCUUUCUUUCUCAAGUUACUGUAGUAAAUGAUAAGAAGGUUGAGGAUGUAGAGGUGGUAAGGGAGUUUCCUGAUGUAUUCCCCGAAGAACUUCCUGGCCUUCCACCAGAAAGGGAAGUAGAGUUUGAUAUUGAAUUGGUACCUGGAACAACACCAAUUUCAAGGGCACCAUAUAGAAUGGCACCAAUUGAGCUGAAGGAGCUUAAAGAACAAUUGCAAGAAUUGUUAGACAAGGGGUUUAUUCGACCUAGCAUCUCACCUUGGGGUGCACCGGUUUUAUUUGUCAAGAAGAAAGAUGGCUCCAUGAGAAUGUGCAUUGACUACGGAGGUUGAAUAAGGUGACAGUGAAGAAUCGUUAUCCCCUUCCAAGAAUAGAUGAUUUGUUUGAUCAAUUGCAGGGUGCAUCAGUUUUUUCUAAGAUUGAUUUGAGGUCUGGAUACCAUCAAUUGAAAGUGGCAGAUGGAGCAACUUCAAAGACAGCUUUUAGAACAAGAUAUGGGCAUUAUGAGUUCCUGGUAAUUCCUUUUGGACUCACUAAUGCACCAGCGGUAUUUAUGGCUCUUAUGAACAGAUUUUUCCAUUAAUAUCUUGAUAAGUUUGUGAUUGUGUUCAUAGAUGAUAUUCUCAUCUAUUCUAAAAGCGAGGAGGAGCACAAAACUCACCUUAGAAUUGUGUUGCAAAUUCUAAGAGAGAAACAAUUAUAUGCAAAAUUCUCAAAAUGUGAAUUUUGGCUGAAGGAGGUAAUAUUUCUGGGACAUGUAAUUUCUGGAAGAGGUGUCGAGGUGGAUCCGAAAAAGGUGGAAGCAGUGGUGAGUUGGGCUCCACCAAAAGAUGUGUCGGAGUUGAGAAGUUUUCUUGGCAUGGCGGGUUACUAUCGGCGGUUUGUCGAAGGAUUUUCUAAAAUUGCUGCACCAUUGACUAAACUGUUGAGGAAGAAUACCAAGUAUGUUUGGGAUGAACCAUGUCAAAAGAGUUUUGAUGAACUGAAGAAGAAAUUGACCACAGCACCAGUACUGGCUUUACCUUCAAACCAUGGAGAGUUUGUGGUGUAUAGUGAUGCCUCAUAUCAAGGACUGGGUUGUGUGUUAAUGCAAGAUGGAAGAGUUAUCGCAUAUGCCUCUAGGCAAUUGCGUCCUCAUGAAGUAAAUUAUCCCACUCAUGAUUUGGAGUUGGCAGCGAUGGUAUUUGCUCUCAAGAUUUGGCGACAUUAUUUGUAUGGUGAGACUCUUAAAAUCCUCACUGAUCAUAAAAGCCUGAAGUAUAUUAUGGAUCAAAAGGAUUUAAAUGGUCGCCAGAGGAGAUGGAUUGAACUUCUAAAAGAUUAUGAUUGUACAAUUGAUUACCAUCCAGGUAAAGCUAAAGUAGUUGCUGAUGCCCUAAGCAGAAAGGGGAAGAAGAAUAUAAAUGAUCUGGUUGAUUUGAGGGCAAUGAAUGUGGAUUUGGAAGUGGAUGGUGUGACAGGGUUACUAGCUCGGUUAAACAUUCGACCUUUGUUACACAACAAAAUUUGUGAGAAGCAGAAGGAGGACCCAGAGUUGGCAAAAAUCAUUCAAGACAUUGAGGAAGGAAAAGAUAGCCCAUUUGAAAUGGUAGAUGGCAUGUUGAAGAUGAAUGGAAGAGCAUGUGUUCCUAAUGUUGAUAACUUGAGGAAGGAGAUCCUAGAUGAAGCCCAUUCUUCUGCUUAUGCUAUGCACCCAGGAGAAACUAAAAUGUAUCACACAAUCAAACCAUAUUUUUGGUGGCGUGGGAUGAAAAAGGAAGCGGCUGAACAUGUUUUCACAUGUCUAGUAUGUCAGAGAGUUAAGGCAGAACAUCAAGCUCCCGUGGGAAAACUGCAACCACUUCCAAUUCCAGAAUGGAAGUGGGAAAGAAUCACAAUGGAUUUUGUACAUGGUCUCCCAUCAUCAAGGGGAAAAGAUGCAGUAUGGUUUAUUGUGGACCGACUGACCAAAUCGGCUCACUUUUUACCCAUUAGAUGGAAACCAUCACUGGAGACUUUGUCUCAACUAUAUAUUAAGGAGAUUGUCAGAUUGCAUGGUGUGCCAAUUUCUAUUGUCUCUGAUCGAGACCCGAGCUUCACAUCUCGGUUUUGGCAAAGUUUACAUGAUGCCUUGGGAACUAAAUUACAUUUUACUUCAGCUUAUCAUCCUCAAACAGAUGGGCAGAGUGAACGAAUCAUCCUAACUUUGGAGGAAUUACUUCGAUCAUGUGUAAUGCAAUGGGAGGAAUCAUGGAUUGACCAUUUGCCCCUGAUCGAGUUUGCUUACAACAAUCAGUACCAUAGUAGUUUGGGUGUUCCACCAUAUGAAGAACUUUAUGGGAGAAAAUGUAGAACACCAUUAUGUUGGGAUGUAGAAGGAGCAAGGCAAAUUUCAGGGCCAGAGAUAGUUCAGAUCACAGUUGACAAGGUCAAAGAAAUCAGGGAGCGUUUGAGGGUGGCUCAAGAUCUGCAGAAAGUUUAUGUUGACACGAAUAGGCGUGAAGUUAAUUUUGAAGUGGGUGAGAAAGUAUUUCUCAAAGUGUCACCAUGGAAAGGGGUGAUGAGAUUUGGUAAGAAAGGGAAACUUGCACCUCGGUAUAUUGGGCCAUAUGAAAUCACAAAGAAGAUUGGACCAGUGGCUUAUAAGUUAGCAUUGCCUCCUGAACUAUCCCAAAUCCACAAUGUAUUUCAUGUUAAUAUGCUGAAGAGGUACAAAGUGGAUCCUUCCCAUGUUAUACAACCAGAAGAGAUCGAGUUGAGUUCAGAUUUGACUUUUGAGGAGGUUCCAGUUGAGAUUGUUGAUUUUCAGAUUAAGAAUCUUCGUAGGAAGGAAAUCCCAAUGUUGAAAGUGGUUUGGAGAAAUCAAGAAAGUGAGAGUGCUACCUGGGAAACUGAAGCAAGUAUGCGAGAGAAGUACCCUAAGUUAGUAGCAACCUAUUUUGCAGGUUAACAAUCUUGCCUAAUAAGUUAUGUUUUCAGCUUGUUGAUGUGCUUUGUUGUGAUAGCCCAGUAUAGGUUUUUGAAACCUAAACAUGGGAACUUGAGGUGUUAUGUGUUAUUUUCUAUGUUAUGAAUCGCCUACUCUAAGAGUUAGGUAAUGGUUUAUCUAUGAUAGACCAUGUCAAGGGUAAGUAAGCGGACUUAGAGUACCACUCAAGGUUAGAUUUUGGGGACGAAAUCUUUUAAGGAGGGGAGAAUUGUAACAUCCCGUUAAGGCAAAACCCAUAUUUCGAUCGCUAGAAAGUUUGCGAUUUAAAAUCGAGCAUUUUGGCAAUAUUUCGGCGAAAAUAGGAUUAUCGAUCGAUCGGAUAAGUAUACGUAUUAAUUAAUUAUAUAUAUAUAUAUAUACUGCGUCCAUUUAAUUCCCUGUUCAUUUAAUUAUCUUCAUCUUCUUUUCACUUUCCACCGAGAGAAGCAAAACCAGAGAGCCGCGAACAGGGGAGCGUCGUGGAAAAAUUUCACAGCUUAAUUCUUGAGCUACAGUGAUCCAAAAAUCCGGUAAGUAAUGCCUAAUUCAUCCAUACAUCGUGAUUUAUCGAUUUAGAGCUUUAAAACGAGUUUUUGGUUCAGGAAUUUCUUGAAUUCACGAUAAGCCAAAUUAGGGUUUCGGAGUAUCCGGAAGCCGGAUUGAGCCCAAAUUUCAUAUACGAGCUUCCUGCAGCGAGGUAAUCAAUACUCUAGUUCUAAUCCCUGAAUUUCGGCAAUUAUUUAGGUCGAGGUCCUAAUCGCUGAAUUUAGCUCCGACUAGGGUUUGAUGUGUUUUAAUCAAGAAUUUGACCCGGAGCCCAUAACUAAUAUUGACGGGGAUACUGCAGGGGAUAUUAGGACAGUCUCAGAUUUUAAUUCGGGGUUCGUUCGUGAAAUUGACGUUUUAGUACGGGAAGGUUAAACCGGUGUUUGAACGACCAGAACUGUGAAGAAUUAGCACGGCAUACCGGGUUUGUCGUAUCACGAUAAUUAUAUUGAUGCUUAGAAUUGAUCUAGGUGAACUAGAAUGGCAUGAUUAGGGGUGUAUGAGCUUUUGUGCUAUAUGUUGAACCCUAGAUUGCUGUAUGAUAUUAUUGACUUGCCCUAAUCGAUAUGAACCUUGUUUAUGCUGAUGAUUGUGUAUAUGUUGCAAAUUGUGGUCUUGAAUGUUAAUAUGCUUUACGAUGGUUCGAGAAGGUGAUUAGGUAUGAUUUUUCAUGAUUGUUGUAUUUGGAUGCACAAGUGGGGGAAAUAAACUUCCCAGGGUGAUAUUAUGAUGUUUAAGGAGGAUGACUUGCACGAGGGUUUAUCCCGAGGAAGUGCAAUUAUACGACUCCUGAUUUACCUAUGUUGAGCCAAUUAUGGCCAGGUCAAGUACAUAUGCAAGUAAUGAAUUAUGAUUAAGCAAGAUGAGAUAUGAAUCAUGUAUAAUGAUACCAAAUAUGAGUGUUGUGGUCUCACGGUUAACUACAUAGUAAUUAGGGUUCCCUAUGCUAUUACUCUAUUAUGAUAUGUAUGAUAGUCACACCUCUCAUUACGAGAUAUGACCACUCCAAGAGCGGUGUCGGGGUCUGACUACACCCAUAGUGGUGUGGGGUAUGUAUGACCACAUCCGACGGGAUGUUGGGGUAUGUAUGACUAUAUCCGACGGGAUGUGGGGUAUGUUUCCAGGGAGAGUUAUUAGCAUGGGAGUAGCCAGGCGCCUAUGAUUAAAACAUGAUAAGAUGCAUAUGCAUAAGUCAAGGUGGUUGAGUCUUUUGCCUAUUGGGAUGUUGGAGGGAUGAGAUCUGAUGCCAGUGCUUUGGCCUGUUUGCUAGAUGUAUGGUAGUGGUAUGCUUUGUUAUGAACUCACGAUGCUAUGAUUAUCUCACUCAGCUAUGAGCUGACCCUCUUUAUAGUUUUUCUCUGCUUAUGCCAUGUGUAAGCAAAUCAUCAUCAUCAGCAGCAGUAGAUAGGUGUAUAGGUGGGAGCUGAGCAAGAGUUGAAGGCAAGAUGAGGUAUGGUCUUCAACUAUUCUAUGCUUGGACUACUACUCGGGAUUUUGGCCAGUGAUCCACACAUUUUUGUAAAAAAAUUUUGAGAACGUUUUUCAUGUGCAUACUAGCUUCUGAUCUAGUGUGAGAUAUCCACCGGUGUGGAAAGUUGAUGAUAUGUGUAUAUGUUGUGUAACUGUGUAAGUUGUGACGAUUAUGGUAUGUAUAAGUAUGGUAUGCAGUUGUGGAGUAUGAAAAGUGUGACUAUGGCUAAGAAAAGCCAAUGCAUAUGGUUGUUAGUAUAUAUGUUUGUGAUGAAUUAUUUUUGCAGGAUAAGUUGCAAGAACUGUUAGCCCAUUACGCGAGUAAUUCAUGUCGAAAUUUUAUUUUGGUAAAUUUUGAUAAUUAAUGUAACACCCGAGAUUAUUUCCGCUGCAAUUGUAUGAUCAAUAUGAUUAGGUAAUACAUAUAGGGUAGGGUGUUACACUACUCAACCCCCUUUCUAGUCGAGCCCUGAUUUGAUAGAGAUGUUCGAAAAUGGCAGUGACAAGCCUCUACAAAUAGCCUGAUGUCGUAUCCUCGUUGAACCCUUUAACUAUUUAGCUCAUGUUACUUAUGGACACCAGUGGGGUGUUUAUACUCUCAAGUUUAGUGGGGGUGCUCAAACUCUCGACACCGGUAGGGUGUGCACACUCUGCUGCAAAAAUUAUUGAUAUCGACUAAGUAUUUAUAAAUCACUCGACACCAGUGGGGUGCUUAUAUUGGCUUAAUAUGAAAAUCUCAUGGCUUAACUUUAGAACAAGUUGAUCUUAAAGUUUUUUUUUUUUGGAAAGAUGUCCAUCAUUUUGUAAAGAGAAGGAAUCAUUGAUGCAACCUUCUAAAUCAAAAUUGGUAGUAGUCACACAAUGUCCCAAAUUGGUGGAAAUGCAAAUGACAUUCUAUUCUUUAGUAUGAAGGAGAUUGUUUGAAACAUAAGGUAAUACGCAUUCAUGCUCAUUUGCUCAUGAGGAUUGACAUCAUUAUUGAAUAGAGCUUCGUCUUGCAGCGUGCCAACUAAUCCCAUGAGUUGUCAAUGGGUGAUUGUCGAUGUAUGGACGAUUGGCUUCUUCUUAUAAUUUUCGACAAACUUAUCGUGGGUUGUCGUUGAAGUUUGGACAAUUGGCUUAUUCUUUGAAUUUUCGACAAACUUCUCGUGAACAUGGCAACUUGUCAUUUCAUUUCUUCAUAUAUGGUUGACCUUCUUUUGGUGUCAUCAAAUUGCUUCUAGACUGAACUCCGUAAUGAGCACAACCUUGGAACUUGUACUCAAAGGUUGACUUUAUCCUUGUGAAUGAGCAACUUUAGAGAAUCUUUGUCAUAUCAUGGUUAAAUUGUGACAUGUUGCUAACUGAGAUGAGUGUAUAAUAGUCAUGCUAAAUGAGAUGAAUGUAAGAUAGUCGUGUUAAAUGGUACGAUUGUGCGUAUGAAAGAUGUUUUUUUUUUGUGGAUGCAAGAAUGUUUGAACAUUUACCAUCAUGAUUGGUUUUAAACGAGUGAACAACGAACUAACGAAAGAAUGCUAGUGUCACGGAUUUUGAUAAACUUUGCAUAGCAUCUAACCACGACAUUCAUGUAUAACCGAUGAAUCAUAAUUCGUUACAUCAUAAACAAACAUGAAUCAUAAGCACAUCAUCAUAUUCAAACCAACUUAGGGUUUUAAGCGGUUUAGCAACAAGGUUUAAGGUAGGUUUCAGGAUAAGUUGCGGUUUAGGUAAUUUCUAGGUAAACUAUAUGCUGGAUAGGGAUCUUAAGGAAUCAGACUCCCAAGUUGUACCACACUAUAACCCUUUCGAGUUUAGCAUGAUACCUCAAAUCAUCCUCGGAUUUGAGUUCAACCUGGUUGGGAAGUUUUCACAUUUCCCCUACUAUUGUAGGAGUCACGGUACUUUCUUCCUUUUUUUCUAUAAGGACAGCUCGGGUAUAGAGCUUUUAUGAAUGAAUGCAAAUAAUUAAAUGUGAUACAAAUUAAAUGCGCAAAUACAAAAAGUAAACACCCAGCAAAUCAAAGAUAGUAAGAAAACUUAUCGAUAUAAAUAAUAUAGCUCGACUCUCAAAUUGGUCCCCAACGGAGUUGCCACUGUCGCAACCGCACCUCGAAAUCGGGGAGUUAGUCGCGAAACGCUCGGAGUCGCCAUCGACUUUACUUUCUGGUGGGUCGAGCACCAUUUGGUCCGAUUCCAACCUUAGGGUCAGAACCGGGAUUUGGUCUGCGAAAUUUAGGUUUAUGGGUUCGGGAGUACAGUUGUGUGUGGGGAAGUGUAUUCACACCCCACAACGCCCCAAAUGGGUACUACUUAAAUCGAUAAGUUUUUCUAAGAAUUGGGUGUAUUAUUAUUUGCGGCUUUCUUGAUGUAUUUAAUUAUAUGAUUUGAUUAAUUAGAUAGUUAUUAUUUAAAAUUUGUUAAUUACGUAUUUUGGAGUCCAAUUGGACUAAUGAGUUAAAAUUGGUAUACAAUUAGAUUAUCUGUCUAUUGAUGCAAAAUCAAGAAAGUAAUGAAAAUAUUUUUUAUUAGUUGGACUCGAACCUAUUGGUUCAUGUAUGAUAUAUAAGCUAUGUGAUCAUGUUUCCAAAAAUAUAAGAAAUUCAAGUCUAUCUCAUGAGUUAAUUCGGAAUUGAAUAGAAAGAUUCUGCUAAAUUAUUGCUUCAUCUAGUGCCUACGUACCCGAGUUAAUCGGGAUCAAAGUCCACGUAGUUCGGUAAAUUGAGAUGAUUUUGAAAGAGGAAACCUAACACGUAUAAUUGCUUCGUGUUUAAGUUUUGAGAUUGAGAAAAUAAAUUUGAUAUGUGGAUUUGUUAAUCGAACUAUUAAUAAUUUUGAAUAAAUUUCUUCAGAAUAUCACGAUCUAUUGAUCAUAAUUUCGUAUUAAGCAACAUUAAGCUCAUAAAGUAAAAAGAAGAUGUUAACUUAGCAAGUAUUAAUUGAGUAGCCAAGUCGAUUCCUAGAACACAUUUAGGGGUCAUUGUUCGACACACUCGGAGAGGCUCUCUCGGUUGGCGAGAGUGAAACUUUGGCGGUGGAAACCCUAGGUUUUCCGACUACAACUCGGUGACUACAACUUUUACGAGGAAGACGAGGUCAAAAUCUCGCUGGAGCUCUCAUAGCGUCUUCAAAACUCUUUCUGCUCACACAAAGAUAUUCCAUCAAAAGAAAGUCGGCGCUCAAUAACGGCGGAGAAAAUCCUAAGUUGUUUUAGAAUGAAAAGGUUGAAGAGUGUAACCCACGCUACAUCAACAAUGGCAUCAACAAACAAUAGAUAGGAGGAAGCAGGGCUAAAGGCAGCUGCAGGCGACAUACAAGAUCCCGCGGCAGGGAUAGAAAAACAGCUCCACCAAAUCACUCUGGAUGAAGAUGACGAAGAACCUUUAGAGGUGGAAGACUUAGAUAUCGAUGUAGUCAGAAUGGAGUCGGUCCGCCAUCUGGGUCUGGUAGGCAGACUGUUCGCUUUUCAAUUUCUGGAGAUGGACGACCGCAACAAAGUCUGUUAUGGAGGACCCUGGCACUAUGAAAAUAACGCUAUGCUGUUCAUGGCAAGCUGGUGGAUUGAAAAACCAAUUCCAACAGAUUUCCACAAGAUGGAAAUAUGUAUCCAAAUAAAGCACUUUCCAGCAGAGCUCCAAACUCAGUUAAUGGCAGAGAAAGUGGCAAACAGAAAAGGCGAGUUUGUGUUCUUUGAUGAUAGUUCAGAGAAGAUGUGGGAUGAUUUCCUCUAUUCUGCCAUUCAUGUGGUAGAAUAGGACUUGUAAAGACAAAAUGCCCACAACCUUCGGGUUUAGCUGUCGACCCUUAUGGUUUUGAUAUGAGAUCAGCACCUCCGGCCCCAAGAAAUUGGCUGUCACACAAGGCAAAGAAGGAAGAGGCUAAUAUAUGGAGGCAGCUUAGAAGGAAGUUCGACCUAGAAAGUUCUGGUUCAACUUCAAUGGAGACAGGUCCUAAUGAGAUGGACAAACAACCACAAGAGACUGUAGACAAGGGAAACAAGCAAGCUACUGAGAUACCCAAGUCCACUGGCAAAAACCACCGGAGGGGGGGCUGAAGAUGAACGUCGAUGCGAUGGUGCUGGCUGGCCAGGGAACAGGCUACGGAGUAGUGGUUCGAGAUAGGGGUGGGCAAACGGUUCGGUAAACCCAAACCGAACCGAACUGAAACCAAAUUAAACCGAACCGAAACCAAAUUAAUGUUAUUCGGUUCGGAAUUGGGAAAGAAAAUAUGGUUAGUUCGGAAACCAGAGUUCUUUCAACUGAACCGAAUUUCCGACCGAAAAACCGAAAUACUAUAAUUGCAAGCUCUAAAUGAUGGAUUUUUAUGUUUGUAGUUGUUUUAAGACUUAAAUAUUUGAAAUGUUUUAUGACUUAUGUGUUGAAAAGUUUGAUUUUAUCAUUGAUGAUGCAUAUAUUUGAUAUUUAUUAUUUAUAUUAGGGGUGAAAAAUAAAUUAAAAGUGAGAAAAUACAAGUAGCUUCACAAAUUCGGUUUUGCUUGAAAAACCGAACCGAAUUAUAAUUCGGUUUAAACCGACCAAACCAAACUAUUAUUCGGUUCGAAUUCGGUUUGAGGUUUGGAAGAAUUCGGGGACCCGGUAUUCAUAAUUUCGGUUCGGUCGAAACCGAACCGACCGAAUGCCCACCCCUAGUUUGAGAUGAGAUUGGGGAACUUCCGGUACGUAGCAAUUUGAAGAGAGAGAGGCCAAUGGCCACGGGAGAUAGCUGAAAUCCGGGCGAUUCAGUUUGGUCUCCGACUGAAGGAAAUGCACGAACUCCAGCAGCUCGUGGUUGAGACUGAUUGCCAGACUGUGUUCCUAUCGCUUCAACUUUGAGGAUGAGGGGUCUCCAAGGUCUUUGUCGCUAUUGUCGUUGCCUUUCCACUGUUUGCUUGUUGUCGUCUCUUUUCUUUUUGUUUUGUCGAUACUUGAUAAGAAGAACAGGCCGAGUCUCUUUUUUGGUGUAUGGCUUUGCUUUUCGUUGUGAUGGUGGGUCUAAUUUGAGCUAUCUAUAGUGGGUAAGAUGGCUUUUGCUUGCUGUUUGGUGAAGGGUAUAGCUGGCUGCCUCUUCCACUAACUUCUGGGAGCUUUGCUGGUUACUACUGCCUUCUGAUCCUCCUUUUCUUUUUAGUUUUCUUUUUGUUGUAUGUGUUCUGUUGGUGUGGGGAAGACAAACGAGUGGGAAUGGGAUUUUUCUUAUUGUCCUCUUCUGAUUCUUUGUUGUGAGUGUUUGUUUGGGUUUGGAAGAGAAAGAAGCCUCUUUGUUUUAUAUUGUGUGUAUGGUUGGUCUGUGAGUGAGAAAAACUAGAAGAAGAUGUAGGUGAGAAGAAAAAGAAACAGAAGAAAGUGGACUGCUUUGUUUUUCUUGGUGAAGGGAAACAGAAGGAAAGAGUGUAAAUCCGUAUGGAAAAUGAAGGAAGACGAAGGAGGGAACCGCCCCUUUCCAGAUUUCUUGCUGCUGCCGUUUGCUUUCUCCUUUUUCUGGUGUAUGCUUUUUCGUAUGUUUUGUACGUGGCUAAAAGAAGUAAGAAGAAAGGAGCGUAAGUGGGAUUUUCUUUUGCAGAGUUUUGUUCUCUCUUUUCUGCUCUGUUUUUAUCGGUAUUAGGAGAGGAGGUCUUGUACUCUCAUCAUUGUCUGUCUUUGUUUCAGGAAGUGGAGACGUGGGGAAGAAGAAGCUGUCUCUAGAGAAAAGGUUCCAAGAGAAGUCCUCUGUUUAUGUGGGUUUGUGGUAAAGAGAAAGAAGAGAAGUGGUUCUGUGUGUGCAAAGAGGAAGGGAGUUUGGAAAUGAUCAAGAGAUGAAGAUGAAGAAGAAGGAGAGAGGGAGUCUGCGCCAUUUUUUUUUUUUGGUAUGGAACAGAUGGAUUUUUAUAGAAAAAGAAAACUUGUUCCCAAAG